AUGACAACGUUCGUGCUCCUCUUGUCUCUAUUCAGACCGCCCGAUCCCCCACUUAUUCUCUGUCGCCGCAAACUUCUCUCGCGCUACGCUAGCCCUCAUCUCCUAAUUCCGAUGGCGGUGGAAACCUCUCUACCUCCGCCGUCGCCGUCGGUCGACCCGAGGAGUGGCUUCUGCCACGAGACCAAGACCUUCCACAGCCUCCGCUCGGCGGCGCCUCUUCCGGACGAAAACCUCCCCCUCUCCGCCGCCGCCUACGCCCUCUCCCUUAUCCCCUCUCCCCUCCCCUCCAACUCCGCCCUUAUCGACGCCGCCACCGGCGCCGCCAUCUCGUACCCGGAGUUGGUCUCCCGUGUCCACACCCUCGCUGCCUCUCUCCGCUCCCGCGCCGGCCUUUCCAAGGGCGACGUGGCCUUCGUCCUCUCACCCACCCGCCUUGACGUUCCCCUACUCUACUUCGCCCUCCUCUCCCUCGGCGUCGUCGUCUCUCCAGCGAAUCCCCUCAGCACCGCCGGCGAGAUCUCCCACCAGAUCCGCCUCUCCAAUCCCUCAGUCGCCUUCGCCACCGCAGCCACCGCCGACAAGCUCCCCCGCGACCUACCGAUCAUCCUCCUCGACUCGCCUCGCUUCCGAUCCUUCCUCUCCCCCGCGGCACCGGCGGCGGCGCCGCCACCGGAGGUCUCGCAGUCGGACACGGCGGCGAUCCUCUACUCGUCGGGGACGACGGGGCGGGUGAAGGGGGUGGUUCUGACCCACCGGAACUUCGUCGCCCUGAUCGCGGGGUACCAUGCCGCCAAGGAGGCGGUGGAGGCGCCGCCAGAUGGACCGGCGGUGGCGCUAUUCACGAUCCCGCUGUUCCACGUGUUCGGUUUCUUCAUGGUGCUCAGGACGGCGGCACUGGCGGAGACGACGGUGCUGAUGGAGCGGUUCGACUUCGGGGCGAUGCUCCGAGCGGUGGAACGGUACCGGGCGACCUACAUCCCCAUGUCGCCGCCGCUGGUGGUGGCGAUGGCCAAGUCUGACGAGGUCGCCCACUACGACCUCUCCUCGCUCCGCCUUGUGGCGUGCGGCGGCGGGCCGCUCGGCCGGGAGGUGGCGGAGCGUUUCACGGCGCGCUUCCCCAACAUCGAGAUCAUCCAGGGGUAUGGUUUGACGGAGUCGACCGGAGGGGUGUCGGGGACGGCGGGGCCGGACGAGUCACGGAAGUAUGGGUCGGCGGGGCGAAUAGGCGCGAAUUUGGAAGCGAAGAUAGUGGACCCCGCCACGGGGGAGGCCUUGCCUCCCGAACGCCAAGGGGAGCUUUGGCUCCGAGGGCCCACCAUCAUGAAAGGUUACAUAGGUGAUGCUGAGGCAACUGCAUCUACCUUGGACUCAGAAGGUUGGUUAAAGACAGGUGAUCUUUGCUACUUUGACCAGGAUGGCUUUGUCUUUGUCGUGGAUAGAUUAAAAGAGUUGAUUAAGUACAAGGCAUACCAGGUCCCCCCAGCUGAAUUGGAGCAUGUGCUUCAUUCUCAUCCGGAAAUUGCUGAUGCUGCUGUAAUUCCGUUCCCAGAUGAAGAAGCAGGACAGAUACCCAUGGCUUUCAUUGUUAGACAACCUGGGAGCUCUGUCAGUGAGCAACAAGUAAUGGAUUUUGUUGCAAAACAGAUUCUUGUUGCAGGUUGCACCAUACAAGAAAGUUCGCCGGGUUGCUUUUGUCAGCUCAAUACCAAAAUCAGCUGCUGGAAAGAUAUUGAGAAGGGAGCUCAUAAAUCAUGUUUCAACUAUUCCUGCAUCUAAGCUAUGAACGUCACAUCUUUGCUUUUUCAAGUGAAGUAAACAUGCAUGCUUUUUUAGAUGUUAUCAGUGACUUCCCCGGCUGCAGGACCCGGUGAUACAGGAGGGCGUGCCUUUGGGGCAACGGGAGUCUAAUUUAAGCCAUUAUUGCCAUUUAUCAUGUGGGUGAUGUGAAAAAGAUCAUGACAAUAAUUAUCUCCAAGUAUCGGUUGCUUUUCUCCAAUCAAUCAGAGGGUUAUAUUGAUGUUAGAUAGAUGAAAUGCCAAGGAAAAGUAGUAAUUCCUGAUCAGUGUCUGUUUAUAUAGAAGCUUGGGGCUUAGACCAAUAGAGGUGCUAUUGAGCACGCAAAAUGUCAUAUCUAAUCAUGGAAAGUGAAAACCCAUGGAUCAUAAACAUUAUUGAUGGAAGAUAGCUAAUCCCUUCAGAUAA